AUGAGGCGAACAUAUGUUCUGCCUCCUUACAGCCUUCCAUAUGAGAGAGCAAAUUUGACAGCUAUUGAAGGCGUUCCAAAAUGUCAACCAAACUGCUAUGUAGGCAAGGCAGCCUAUGGAAAACUUUUUGCCCCGGGAAACCAUUCAAGAGGAAAAUUGCCUCCUUGGUGUGAAAAUCAAGAUCAAACUUCAGGAGAACUGACAGGACAGUCCAAUCCGCAAUGGGCUUCCGUUUCUCACGGAAUUUUUAUCUGUUUAAUGUGCUCUGGAAUCCACAGGAGUCUUGGAGUCCAUAUCACUUUCGUUCGUUCAGCAACUUUGGAUGCUUGGGCCGCCGAUAAGAAGAGUCUGAUGACUUGUGGUGGCAAUUCAAAAUGCAAAGCGUAUUUUGUUCAGCAAGGAAUUGAUGGCUUUCCUAUAAAUAAGAAAUACAAUACUAGAGCCGCUGCCCAUUAUCGCCUCACUCUGAAGGCUAUCGCUGAAGGCCGUGAAGCUCCUCCUCCCCUUCCUGAAGGAGUUGGUGCGAUUGUCGAAGAUGAGGAAGGUGAGCGAUCGCGACAAAUCUCACCUAGUAUGAGUUUCUCAGCAGGGAACGCAGCGCGGAGUUCCACGACAGCAGAUACAGCAGGUUCUUCUUUCCGAUCUGGAAGUACGUGGAACGCCCCAGCACCAGAUUGGUCUAACUGGUCUGUUGGUGGAGCGCUUUCGGGAAUUUGGGAAUCGACAAAAGCUGCUGCUUCAACCGCAGCUGUGACCAUCCAAGAUCAGCAAGUAUUGGAGUCCCUCAAAACUGCGGCAAGUAGCUCGGCAGCUUGGGUUGGCGACAAAAGCCGAGCAGCAGUGACUGCCGUACAGGUACGUGCCCCGGGUGCUGUUAUACGACACGUCGAGCUGCUUUGCAGGACGAGCAUUUCUGGCAAAAUGCCGGAGAGAAAGCAAAGGCUACAGCCCACUCCCUCGGAGAAACGGUCUCAAGUGGAGUACAGAACGCAGAAGCCUGGAUCUCCCACCAGAUGGGAGAGGAGUCUGCGGCAGCGCAACGGACGCCAGAUGCACCCGAAGCUCCAUCUGCCACCAACAGCGGUGGAAACGCGCAACCAACCAGGAUGGGAUCAACUCCCAACUCGCCGCCCCAAUAGCAACGUUUUGAUUCAUGUUUCUGACAGACCUUUGAUUUUUUGUGCUUCACCCUGA